GGCACGAUGAACCUGAGCAGGUUUUUCCAGAGAAGAUCAGUGACGGUGCUGGGAAUUUGUGGAGUCUCAUUACCCAGAGUCACCUCAGAUUAAUUACCCUGCAAAGAGAGACAGAACGGGAGAUUUCGCACGUCAGUCAACAACUGACAUCGGUGCGGCUGCAGAAAAAGGUCCUGAAUUGUGAAACAGCAGCUUCAGAGAGUCUGCACACUGACGCUGAACAGAGAAACGUAACCUCAGAGACCGGCACUUGCUUUUCUGGGAGCAAACAUCACCUCCAGAAGUGUUUUGUGGGAAUAGCGGCCCACGCAGAGCAGCUUCAUUUUCGUGAGCAGGCUCUUGUUGCCCUUCUGAGCAUGCUUGGAGAAAACAUCCAGAGAUACAGAGAGGAAAGCACUAAACUUGACCACCUGACGAAUAAACUGAGUAACGGCAUGCCAGGAAAGAGUCAAAUGGACAGCCAAAUGGAAACAAACAGGCAGGACAUGUGUAGCUCGAAAAACACUGCCGUACACUCAAAUGGACUUGACGCAGUAACCACUAAUAACAUGGAGGACGAGAAGAAGAACUGCAGAGAAAACAUGAAGGCCUCGUCGAUGAAAACAACCUGUCUCACACGAUCAGGCAGCGUGAAAGUCCUCAUCCACAAGUUCUCCGCUUCUGAAAGCAGUGGGCAGAUGUCACCUAGUGUUUCUCCAUCACAACAAAGAAAAAAUGCAAAAGAGAGCGACCUUCCGGCUGUAACAGUAACCUCCCCAUCCGGACAGUCAAACAAUGUUUCCAAUGGUCCCAAUACACAUUCAUACUCCGACGGGUUUGACCUAGAAAAUGGCCCAACAAGCCCAGAGUCUGAGGAUCCACUUACCCCUAAAGCGAUUUACAACCCGAAGUACCAGAUGUUUCUAGGAUCCGAUACGAUCAGAAACGGUGCUAGUGGACCGGGUGGACCCACUGACAUCAGUACCAAUGGAACUCUUUCCAAAACUAACAUGUCACAUUGGAAAUCGAUGGAAUCAUUGACUUUGAAAGACUGGGACAGCGGUCCCACCAGGACGGGCAGUUCUGAGGUGCCUGCAAGAGUUUUUAACAGCCCCUACUCAACCAUCUCACUAGAUUACAACCCUGUAAGCCGAAUGUCCGAGUACAAGAUGCCAGAGAGGAGGUCUCCAACAAUGUCUGAGAUGAAUUUAUUCAGUUUAAACCGAAGCCCAAGUCCUGUGAACACCAUGAACGCUCCCCGUGCACGAUACACUCCCUUUGAUACUCUCACCCGGAGACAAGGGCAGCAAGCCCCUCCAUCACAAUUCUUACUGAGGAGCAAUGUGCCAAACAAACGGGAUUACAUUGAAGAGCUGACCAGACAGCUAGAGGAAUGUCAGAGAAGAAACCAGUUUCUGGAGGCAGAAAGCAUUGAGCUGGAGAAGGAAAGGACCCAAAUUCGUUUCGAGAUGCGAAAUUUGCUGGUGAAUAACGAGGAUCUGCUCCGUAUGAACACACAGCUACAGACAGAAAUGAAGAGGAUGAGAGACCGACUUGUCGAACUUGAGAGCGACAACAAUGUUAUGGUGGAGCGUUUCAAACAAAUCGAUGUGGAGCUGAAAGAGGCCCGUGAGAUAAUGGUGGAAGCAAACACUCAGGAAUAUGCCUUUAACUUUCUGCAACAGUCACUUAAAAACAAAAUACAGGAUGCAGAGGAAGCUCUGGAGAAGCAGACCACGCGUGCACAAGAGCUGUCUGAAAAGCUGUGGCUGGCUGAGAGGAAUCUGGAGGAAAUGGAGAUUGAAAAAGAAAACAGGGGGAAGAAAGCAUUAGAGCUCAGCAGCACUGUAGAUCGACUGGAGACUGAGCUGGCAGAGGCUCUGCAGCAGGCAGCUCAGUCAAGUACUGAACUUAGUCUACAGCAGAAACUCAGAGUAGACACACGGCUGAGAGUGGAGGAGCUGGAGGAGUGUGUGUUGGAGAAGGAGCAGGAGAUUAUGCGCUUACAGCAGAUCGUCAGCCGCCUACAGGGAGAGGUCUCAGAUAAGCUGUUGGAUAAGGAGCAGUCUCUAGAGAAUGAGAUCCAAAUGAGGGAGAAAAUUCAGCUUCAGUGUAAACAGGCUGAGAGAGCAGUGGAGGAUUUACAGAUGGAACUGAACACAGUCACACAGACCAAAGACGAUCUGAGCAAACAGCUCAAACAGGCACAGGAAAGAAUCAUUGAUCUGGACACUGACCUGGAGGAAUUUCACGAAAAUGAGCAAAGACUUGUUGCAAAACACAAGCGAGCAUUAGAGCAGUUCGAACAGAUUCAGUUGAAACUGAUAAACGAGAAGGACUUAAAUGAUCAGCUGGAGUGUGAGAAACUGAUUCUGGAGAGACAGGUACGAGAGCUGCGUAGUGAAAUCGAGGAGCUGCAGAACAACAGAGUUCAGGAGCAUGUGGUCACUAAAGCAGAGGCCAGAGCUAAAGAACUGGAGAAUAUGCUGAGAAUGGAAGAAAGAAGUAAAGUGGUACUGAACAACACCAUCAGUAAGCUGGAGAGGAAAAUUAAUGAACUGAGUGAUCAGAUGGAGGACGAGCACAAGACCGCUAAUGAGCAAAAAGACCUGAUGACUCAGAGAAUGAGAUCUCUGAAAAGGCAACUGAAUGAGGCAGAAGAGGAGGCGAGUCGCCGUGAGGCUCAGUUCAGACACACACACAGAGAGUUAACAGAGGAGAGGGAUUCCACUGCUCGAUUACAGAAACAGCUGCUUGACCUGCAGCUACACAUGAAGAGAAAGGAGUCAAUAAUGAUGAGGCAGUCGCUGGAUACCUUAAAGCUAAAGUUGUCUGAUGAUGAAGAAGAGGAAAAGAAGCCUGCUGAGACCAAUUCAGGCCAGAAUUGAGAGAGAGAGAGAGAGAGAGAGAGAAUGUGAUUGGUGAAUGUAUAAAGCUAGUGAAUGUUUGACAAGUAGAAAUACCAGUUGCAAAAACAUUUACAACAAACUAAGCUCCAGCAAAACAAAACUAUCCAAAUGUGUCAUUAACUUUAAUAGCUGGGAUCUAACCAGUCUUUAUAACUGGGAAAGGAAACUUCUGUUUGUUGGUGGGUUAUUUUUUUUAUAAUCGACUUUUACAUGGACAGUGUUUUUAAGUCUAGACAAAAUGCUUAACUGCUACAUGUUUUGCAGGGGUAAAGAGGUAAAUAUGUUCUUGCUGCCAGACAGAUCACAUAACGUGAUUUCCAUAGAGCAAUGUGCACGCCUUGCACUGUUUUAUUUUUUAACUGUAUAGCAGAAAGAUUUAACUAUUUAAUUUCUUUUUUUUUCUUCCUUUUUUUCUGUCCUUCAGAGGUGUACAUGCUAUAAGAAUAAUGUAAAUACUUUUGCGAACAUUAACCAAUUAAUUGUUCAUUGAAGAUUGUAUGGAUAGGCAUAGAAGCGUUAAGCAAUUAGUUUUGAACUAUUUUAUAUAAGAACUAUAAAGAAACUAAACACUGUUUUUGUGCUGUGAUUUAAGGCUAUACAUUUAAAUUGAAAUAUUUCAAAUUUCAGGUUUGUUUUUAUUAGUUAAACUAAAAUCCUCAUAUGAAGGGUUACAUUUAUAUCUUGUUCAUAGACCAAUUGUUCAAGCCACACAUUUAUCAUCAUUUUAGGAUUGUGCUUUUAUGCAAAUGAGAUCUUGUUGGUGUAUCCCAAAUAGCUUUAUUUAAUAAACAAAUAAACAGUCAUUUGCAUUUCCGAGAGCUAUAAUCCAUCGUUUCUAGACUUGAAAUAUUUCGGCCAAAUAUGCUAAUGUUCAUUAUAAUGAAUCAUGAAUUGAAUUGUAAUGUAAAUGGACACUGGCUUCAAUUCAGUUGCAUCUAAAUCCUUUCUCUAAAAGGAGCUCAUUCGCUUGAAUAUACAUAAAAAAAAAUGCUUUCCUAAAGCCAGCAUUGUUAUAAAUGUGUGUGUGUGUGUGUGUGUGUUCAUACUAAUUAUUCAAAUAUGGUCGUCCUAUCCUGCUGUAAAAAUAAAAAACAAAACCGCUAA